ACUGACAUUUGUUUGGCUCCAGUCACUUACAGUUCAUCUAUAACAUGGCGUCGCGAAGCGCCUGUCAUUUUUGUGCACUGUGCUUGUAAUCAUGUUACCAUCUUCAAAAUAUUUUUUAUUGUAAAGUGAAGUGUAUACUUGUAAAUUGCAACCAUGUCGUUAGGAGGCCUUCUCUCUCUGAAAUGGAAUAACCAUUGUUCGACUUUCCUCCAUAUUUUGUCUAAUCUGCACAGAAAGCAAAACUAUGAUGAUGCAACAGUUGCUUGUGAUGGCAAGCUUUACCCAGUACACAAGUUGGUCCUGUCAACAUGCAGUGAAUAUUUUGAAGAGAUGUUUGAAAAAACUCAUGGAAAACAUCCAGUUAUUGUGCUCAAAGACAUCAAGAAAGAGGUUUUUGAAGCUCUCCUUAAGUAUAUGUACAUUGGAGAGGUAAAUGUAGUCCAAGAAAAAUUAGCAGAACUGAUCAAUGCUGCUGAGUGUCUAAAAAUCAAAGGACUUGCUGUUCCUGAUGAGGAACCUGAACAACUGCAGCUUGGUACCAGAAACAAAAGCAACCAUCUCUCAAGCUACUCUAGCAACCAACAAAACAGUUCUGGAAACUACUUAAAUGAUGAGCAUCAGUCUGCAAACAGAAGUCUCAAAAAUACAUCCUCGAGUAAUUUCAGCAACAAAAGAAAAGAUUUUUCUAACCUCAGUAACAUUAAUACACCUCCUAGGAAAAUAAUCAGAGCUUCACCAAAUGUAGCUUCCAAAAAUGAUUUAGCUUAUGAUUCUCAGUCAAAACCUAUUCAAUCUUCUGAUCCACAAGAAAGUCCCAGUAGAGAAAGAAGAGGCAGUCUUGCAAGUCCACUGUCAUCAAGGUCUUCACUGGAUGAGAGACCUCCUCUCCCAACCCCAACCUCUGCUCCCAGCAAUGAAGAUGAAGAAAUUGCUGCUUGGCCUAUGGCAAUCAAAGAUGAGCCAACUGAUGAACCACAGUCUGAAGCAAACGAAGGAAGUGGUGCUUGUGCAACCGAGUUUUUGGACAGAAAUAAUGGUGACUGUAAGGAAGAUGAAGGUGGUGCUGGGUCUGCCGAGGAUGCCUUGCCUGCCCUACCUGACCCUGCAGGAGGAGAACCCAGUGGUGACUCUCAAGGAGCUGCACACAAAGACCCGAGUGAUUUAAUUGACUCAAAGGUUGAGGUUGGAGAUAUUGAAGAAGCUCCCGAUGAUUGGGAGAGCUCACUGCUCAACAAAGAUGAUGAAGGGCAGGAGGGGGAGGCGCUCACGAGCAUGCUUAGUGGCGACGACGCCAGCAACGCUGCCGCAGACACACCUACACCUGGGGGCAACGCUGCUUCCGAUGACGACUGCGUCAUUCUAUCCGCCAGGGAUGAGUCCGCGGAUCACCUCCUGACUGAGCCCAAGAGUCCCAGCCACUCUGAAGCCUAUGUCGACUCCUAUCGCUCGAGCGGCUCCAAACACGACGAUUUGGUUGACUUUACUGGAGCCGCUUCAACGUUGUGCAAGAAAUCACUUUUCCAUGACAUCUCUAACGAACCUUUGACGAUCGAGGCAUCGUCGUCCUUUGGUGGCAACUCGUCGGAAGGAUCCGCGUCGCUGGACGAGCUCAGAGCGCUGUGGUCAACAGGACCGACCUCGAACCCGGCGACGAACGUGAACUUCAGUGGCCGACCUUUAGGUUCUCUCGCGACGUCCCUUGAUACCGACCAACAUCGCAAGAUCAGCAGGUCGUCCUCUCGGGCAUCCAGCGACUCUGAUUCCACAACCGCCCGAGAUGCGGGCAUGGGUCCCAGAUACUCACAUUCCGGCGAUAUCCUUUCUCGCUCAACGGAGAUGGGAAGUGGAUACAUGAAGCUUCCUUCCGGACUGUACCGCUGCAACAUCUGCAGCUAUGAGGCCAUGUACGCGAGCGCUGUCAAGAUCCACCUCCGUAGCCACUCCGGGGAAAAGCCAUACAAAUGUCCCUAUUGUCCCUACAAAUCUACCACCAGUGGGAAUGUUAAGACCCACCUCCGCAAACAUACUGGGGAGACCCCAUUCGUGUGCAAUCUGUGCAAUUUCAAGGCCAAACAUAAAAUUACAUUAAAGACACACAUGGUAAACGUUCACCAAAUAACCAUAAACAGAUACUCUUCGUACGCCAGUAAUGCACCUGUACAAACAUUGAGCACUACGACGGAAAAACAACGCAGCUCUGGAAGCGAGCAACGCGGCUUACCUCAAAAUUUGGGUGGCUUGGUUGAUCCUAACCAGCAGGACUUGCAUCGUGUUUUCGACAGCAGCGCACUGCUGCGCCACCAGCAGCUGCAACAACAACUACCACGCAGCACCACCAGCAACAUGCUGCUACCACAACAUCUCCAACAACAUCAACAAUCUCACCAGCAGCGCCCAGACAUGAGAGGUCGAAGUGACAUGCACAUGUUUGCCGAGGACGAAACUUCCGAGCAGAUCGAGCGCACGCUGCAGGCGCUAGGGUCCUUUGCCGCCCCCGACUCCUCGGUGGCCGCGCCCCCCGCAGACUACGCCAGUUUCGCCUCGACGUCGGUGUCGUUGUCACGAGCUUCUGCCUCUAGUGACUCUGCCGAGACUGAGCCUCCGGAUAGAGAACAACAUUAAAUUUACUCGCUUAUGAUACUCAUUCAUAGUUCUCAAAAUACCAAUAUUAAAUAAUAAUGAACGGUCCUCGAAUGCUACUGAUGACCUUGUCGGACUUGGAUAGAGUUAUGAUUUUUGUCGACAUGGAUAUCAGCAGUGUUCAACAAUUUCCCCCUUAUUUCUCUGUGAACAAAUAUUUCCGAGGAGUUUUACCUUCUUACCCAACGAAAGAGCCUCUUCACAUCUCUCCUGUUC